CAGAUGGAUACUCAUAUCAUCUCCGCACGAUUUGUGGUUGUAGAUGUCAGGCUCACAUGGUUGAGGAUGUCGCGCUGACAGAUGAGUUGAUGGACAUGGUGUUUGCCCAUGAGCCACAGACACAGGAUGCAGCAGUGGUAUCCCAUACACCUCCCCCAGUUACCAUAGCUGCAACUUCGAUGCCUGAGGUGUUGACAGGGGAUGAAAUGUCUCAGAUUGAUGACAUCACGCUCUCAGUGAUCGAUUUUGGCCUACAAGGCUAUACGGGUACCCCCUCCGCGUCUAGGGCUUGUCCUAAGAAAAAGAAUUCCUCGAAGACGCCAAAACGUGUGAAGAAGGUAAUUGAACACAUUUUUAGCUGUACAAUUGUUUGAAAAUGUUGAAAUCAAGUAUUAGUUGGGG